GGGAGGGGGUGGAUAGCGGCAGCAGCCGCCCCAGCCCUCCGAGAGAGACAGCAGGAAGGGAGGGAGCUGGGGGGACAACCCCCACCAUUCCUGCCGCUAUGGGCCCAGACUCCCACUCCCACCUCCCCUCCAGCGGCCGGGGUUAGGACACCCCCAAAUCCCGUCGCCCCCUUGGCACCGACACCCCGACAGAGGCAGAGACACAACCAGCCGCCACCACCGCUGCCGCAGCCUGGCUGGGGAGGGGGCCGGCCCCCCAGGCCCCCCACCCCACUGAGGUGGCCAAAAUGGAGCUGUGGCCAGGGGCCUGGACAGUGCUGCUGCUGCUCCUCCUGCUGCUCCUCCUCCUGCUGCCCACCCUGUGGUUCUGUAGCCCCAGUGCCAAGUACUUCUUCAAGAUGGCCUUCUACAAUGGCUGGAUCCUCUUCCUGGCUGUGCUCGCCAUCCCAGUGUGUGCCGUACGGGGACGCAACGUCGAGAACAUGAAGAUCUUGCGUCUGAUGCUGCUCCACAUCAAAUACCUGUAUGGGAUCCGGGUGGAGGUGCGAGGGGCCCACCACUUCCCUCCCUCACAGCCCUACGUUGUUGUCUCCAACCACCAGAGCUCCCUGGACCUGCUUGGGAUGAUGGAGGUACUGCCAGGCCGCUGUGUGCCCAUUGCCAAGCGUGAGCUGCUGUGGGCCGGUUCCGCUGGGCUGGCCUGCUGGCUGGCAGGUGUCAUCUUCAUCGACCGGAAGCGCACGGGGGAUGCGAUCAGUGUCAUGUCUGAGGUCGCCCAGACCCUGCUCACCCAGGACGUGCGGGUCUGGGUUUUCCCUGAAGGAACGAGAAACCACAACGGCUCCAUGCUGCCCUUCAAACGUGGCGCCUUCCACCUUGCAGUCCAGGCCCAGGUUCCCAUUGUCCCCAUAGUCAUGUCCUCCUACCAAGACUUCUACUGUAAGAAGGAGCGCCGCUUCACCUCAGGGCGAUGUCAGGUGCGUGUGCUGCCUCCAGUGCCCACAGAAGGGCUGACACCAGAUGACGUCCCAGCUCUGGCUGACAGAGUCCGGCACUCCAUGCUUACGGUUUUCCGGGAAAUCUCCACUGACGGCCGGGGUGGUGGUGACUGUCUGAAGAAGCCUGGGGGCAUAGGUGAAGCCAGGCUCUGAACUCCCUUCCCACCCACCCCCACCUUCCUCCCCACACCUGCCAACCAGUGGGCCUUGUAGAAGGGCCAAGCCCUCUUCCUCUUUUCCCCUCUCCCCACCUGUUCUCCUCUUUGGAAUCUUCAAUUUCUGAAGUCAAUGUGGAUAUAGCGCCACCCUUGCCCCUUACUACCCCCAUUCCUUGUGGACUCUCUUGCCUCGGUGCAGUCUCCAUUCUGACCCUCACCUCCUGUCUUCUUGUCUGUGGAACAGUUGCCUCCCCCCAUCUCAAGUGGGCUCAGCCUAUACAAGGAUGGGGAGCAUUCCAUCCCAUCCCAGGGGACACUCUUUCUUUGUGGUCUUCUCUCCCUGUGCACCCCACAUUGGCCAGUGGACUCAUCCAUUCUAUGGAACAGUUCCUCCUACCCCCAAGUCCAUGGAUUCAGUGGCCUCAUCCGUUUGUGAGGAAGACUCCUCACCCUGUGGCUGGAAGCUGAUACUUCCAACUCCUCCUGGAACAGUCUUCCCAGCCUCAUCCGGGGAAUAUUCUCCACAGUACCUUCAUACUCCUUCCCAGUGGAGCCCCCUGUUAGUGGGGGCUGGACUCUUCAAAUUCAGAGGUCUCAUCCCUGCCCUUGCCCAGAUGCCCAGGGUUGCACACACUCCUGGAUGCACAUGGCCAGUUUGGUCUCCACAAUUCUCUGCUUUCCCUGUCCCCACGGUACAGUUCUUCAGUGGUCCUGGACCCACCCAGCCCUCUGCCCUGCUGUACCAUUCUGACCAGGCACAAGGGGAGGAGGCAGACAUCAGGUGCUGCACUCACUUCUGUUCCCUGAGGAGUUGGGGAAAGGAACUGAACCCUGGCUGGAGGGGAUAGGAGGGCUUUUAAUUUAUUUCUCUUUGUUUUGAGGCUUCCCCUCUCUGGGCCAGUUUUCAUUUCCUCCCUGUGGCAUUAGCCUCUCCCUGCCUCCCACCCCAGACCUGUUCCCACAAUCAGGGAGGUGGGCUGGGAGCUAAAGGAGAGGAUGGGACCCAUUUUUUGCGUGGUUGAUUUUUAUUAAUUAUCUGGAUAACAGCAAGAAACUGAGAAUAAAGAGAGAGAUAUCUGGGU